UUCCUUCGUCGUCUGACGCUUCCGUGCUGCGUCCUCCGCCACCGGCUUCGUCCGCUCGCUGACUCCUUUUCCGCUUUAAAAACCCCCACUCGCUUGAUCCUCUUCUUCUCUCCUUAAAGCAAAACAAAUCAGAUCAGAGCUGGCUCUCUCUCAAGCCACCGAUCUAAACCCCACCAACGAGAGGAGAGGAGGGGAAAACAAGAACCCUCAAUGGGCAACCGCACGUCACGCCGCCACAAGGAGCCUCCGUCCCCCUUGCCAGAUCGCCCUACCCCUCCACGCCCCCGCCCCAAACUCCCUGCCGCCGUCGCCGCCCCCAGAUCACCCGGACCCAUCGUUCCCCGCCCGAUCCCAUCCGACGUCGGGCGCGUUCUCGGCCGGCCCAUGGAGGACGUCCGCGCCACCUACACCUUCGGCCGGGAGCUCGGCCGCGGCCAGUUUGGGGUGACCUACCUCGUCACCCACCGGGGGACCACGAAGCAGUUCGCCUGCAAGUCCAUCGCCACCCGGAAGCUAGUCCGUCAGGAUGACCUCGACGACGUCCGCCGCGAGAUUCAGAUCAUGCACCACCUCACCGGCCACCGCAACAUCGUCGAGCUCAAGGGGGCCUACGAGGACCGGCACUCGGUCAACCUCGUGAUGGAGAUCUGCGAGGGCGGGGAGCUGUUCGAUAGGAUCAUCUCCAAGGGCCACUACUCGGAGCGAGCGGCCGCCGCACUCUGCCGAGAGAUCGUUAACGUCGUCCACGCCUGCCACUCCAUGGGCGUGAUGCAUCGGGAUCUCAAGCCGGAGAACUUCUUGUUCUUGAACAAGAGAGAGAGUUCGCCGCUCAAGGCCACCGAUUUUGGGCUCUCCGUGUUCUUCAAGCCCGGAGAAAUAUUUAAAGAUCUUGUUGGAAGUGCAUAUUAUGUUGCUCCUGAGGUAUUGCGACGCCGUUAUGGAGCAGAAGCUGAUAUUUGGAGUGCUGGAGUUAUACUUUACAUCCUUCUUUCUGGUGUCCCUCCUUUUUGGGCAGAAAACGAGGAGGGUAUAUUCGAUGCUGUAUUGCAUGGCCAAAUUGAUUUCUCAUCUGAUCCAUGGCCUUCUAUAUCUUUUGGUGCUAAAGAAUUGGUCAGAAAGAUGCUUAGAGCAGAUCCAAAGGAGCGACUUACUGCUGCUGAAAUUCUCAACCAUCCAUGGAUGAGAGAAGAUGGUGCACCUGAUAAGCCGCUUGAUCUUACAGUUUUGAAUAGAAUGAAGCAGUUCAGGGCCAUGAACAAGCUUAAGAAAGUGGCACUGAAGGUCAUAGCAGAAAGCUUGUCAGAGGACGAAAUCAUGGGUUUGAAAGAGAUGUUCAAAUCUAUCGACACUGACAAUAGUGGGACUAUAACUUAUGAAGAAUUAAAAGCAGGACUACCGAAAUUGGGCAAUUUGGGCAUCAAGAUUUCUGAAUCUGAAGUCAGACAGCUGAUGGAGGCAGCUGAUGUAGAUGGAAAUGGAAGCAUUGAUUAUAUUGAAUUUAUAACAGCUACGAUGCACAUGAAUAGAAUGGAAAAGGAAGACCAUUUGUACAGAGCAUUUGAGUAUUUUGAUGAAGACAAGAGCGGGUACAUCACAGUCGAGGAAUUGGAGCAAGCUCUCAAGAAGUAUAACAUGGGUGAUGAGAAAACAAUAAAAGAGAUAAUCACAGAAGUUGACACAGACAGGGAUGGAAGAAUUAACUACGAGGAGUUUGCGACUAUGAUGAGAAAAGACAGUUCAGAACCCAUACGUACCAGGAGACGUAAAUAAGGCUUUUCUUUUGCCAGUAUGAUAAUUAAGUUAGAUCGUGCUCAUCUUAUCACUGUUCUUGAAAGAAGAAAGAGAGAGAGAGAGAGAGAGAGAGCAGUGAGGAGUUGCAUCAUCUGCUGAAGGAAUUCAUUUUCUAGUAGAGAGGAGUUUGGUUUCCGGUGUAAUAUAGUUGCGGUGCAGCUUCUAAGAUUCAGCCAUAUGCAAAAGAUCAAGUGAAACUUAUACUAUGGCAGGGGACAGUAUUUUCGGUGUGGUAUGUGCAACGAAUGGUAGCGUAGUCAAGUCCUUCUCAAGUCCUUCCGCCUCUUCUUUUGGCCUUUGGAAUUGCUUGAAUUAGUUCUUCAUGGAUAAUGAUUGGGACUUUUGGUUGCCAACUGAAUGCUAUUAGCUUUAUUAAGUAUUACAAAAAUACUGUUAGCGUCAAUCGCCACCGGAUGUAAUGUUUGUGGGAUCAACAGAAAAUGAUAAACUUGUGAGGGGAAAGAAUAUCAGUCUUUUUUUUAAAACAUAUUUGCUGUAAAAUAGAACUCAUUAUCAACAAAUUCCAAUGAUGUUUUUUGUUCCA